AUGUCAUUAAUUGCUACCGAGAGAAAUAUAUUUCCACAAAGUUAUCGUGGACGUUUGACUGAGGGUGUCACUUAUGACUACCGCAACAACAACUUGUUAUGGAUUGACAUCAUUCAAGGUGAAGUUCAUCGUCUACUGUUGAAUGACCUCAACCAGCAUGAAGUUUUGAAAUGGCCCGACCCAAAAGAAUCAAUUGGAUUUAUUGCACUUACAAAGAAAGAAGAUGUUGUGUUGGUUGCUGCUAAAUCCGGGUUGGCAUUGGGGGACUUCAAGAAAGGCACUUUGGAAUAUUUCUUUGAAUAUCCAUUUUCAGAGUCAGAGAAAACUAGAUUGAGAUCGAAUGAUGGGAUUAUAGACCCUUGGGGUAAUCUUUGGAUUGGUGUGAUGACGGAUUUCCCUGUUAGUGCCCAGGAAGGUGUACAGGGAGAAGGGAAAUUAUAUCGUAUCACUCCGGACUUGAAAGUUGACGUCAUGUUGGAAAAUACCAAAAUCUCCAAUGGAAUGGCAUUUAAUGAUGAUGGAAGUGAAAUAUAUUGGACUGAUUCAUUAAAUUUUACCAUCUACAAAUUCAACUAUGAUCAUGAAACAAAUAAAUUAAACAACAAAACCGCAUUUAUUGAAACUAAACACUUUUAUCCGAAUGAAAAUGAUCCAGAACCAGAUGGAUUAGUUCGUGCAGUCAAUGGUGAUAUCUACUCUGCUGUUUUUUCAACAUCAACAAUAUUGCAUGUGAAUGAAAAGGGAGAAUUGGUGGAAAAGAUUCAAAUCCCAGCAAAGAGAUGCACUUGUGUAACCAUCGGGGGCUCUGAUGAUGAUGAUUUGUUCGUUACUACUGGACACUUGAGGCUUGAUGAUUUUGAUGCCAAGAUAGAUGCAGAUGAUGUGUUUGGUGAUCUUGGCGGAUUCUUGUUUAAAUUGAAAGUUGGCCUCAAAGGACAAAAGAAGAACAUCUGGGGUGGCAAAGUAGAUAUAUAG